AUGGCGCAAUGGCCCCCCGGCUGCCGGAAGGGCCAGCUGAUGCUCACGCCGGACGAGGCUGAGGCCACCUUGCAGGCGUUGCGGGACCUGGGCCUCACCGCCAGCUGGGCCCUGAAGGAGGCCCCGGCAGCGGCCUCCUUUUCCAGGGGCAGGGCGGCCAAGGCGAAGAGCGCCCCCAAGGCCAAGGCGAAGGCAGCAAGGCCCAUUGAAGACUUGGCGACGGUGAAGCCGGUUUCGUCAAAGGCUUCUGCCAAGGAGGCGAAGCCCAAGGCGAAGGAGAAGCCGGCCUCGAGAAAGCGGGCACGGGAGGCCGAGGAGUCCGAGGAUCGGGGCAAGCGGCAGAAGGCCGAUGGCGAAGCCGACAAAGGGGAGGCUAAGGCGAAGGAGGUGCCUGAGGAAGAGCGGGCCUACUUGGAGAGCCUGGUGGACAUGCUGAACUCGGAUCAGGAGGACGAGCUCGUGAAGAAGUUCGACGGCUCGGAGGACUUCGUCAUCGAUAUUGACAACAUGAGCGCAGCGGAGCGCAGGAAGUUCCGUCGGACCAUGGAGGGCAUGAUCCCCAAGGCCGACGCCCAGAAGGCCAAGCAGAAGGCCAAGGCGGAGCUGAAGGCCAAGCAGGCCAAAGCCAACCAGCCAGAUCCAGAAACCGAGAGGCCGGCGCCCGAGGACGUCAUGAUGGACGCCUCCCAGGACGUGCCCCCGCCGGGGGAGCCCGCAGAGUCCACGGCCGCGUGGCGUCGAGUCUUGUACGCAGACCCGGCCCCGCCAGUGGAUCCGGUGGCGCCGGUUGAGUCUCAGGAAGCAGCUGUUGCAGAGCCCAGCGAGCCCGAGGCAGCCAGAAGCCGAAGCGCGGCGGAAGUCGCAGAGGCCGCGGAGGCCGCGGAGGUCGCGGAGGUUGCGGCGGCGGAGGUUGCGGAGGUCGCGGAGGUCGCUGGGGACACUCAGGACGCAGGCGAAGUGGCGGGCGCGGCCAUGGAAGGCGUGGAGGGCGCCGCCGAAGGCGGCGAUGCGGAGCGCGCAGAGGGCGCGGAAGGCGCGGAAGGCGCGGAAGGCGCAGAGGUGGAGGGUGCGGAUGCAGAGGGCGCGGGCGAGGCGCAAGAAGGAAGGCCAGCUCCCAGACCAGAGGGAGGGCCGGACGAUUUCCCAAAUGUCUCAGAGGACAUUUUGAGAGGUGAUGAUCAGGAGGAGUUGGAGAAGUUCUUGGAGGAGUGCCGCGAUUGGUUCUGA